AUGGAGGUAGAGCCUAUAGGGCAUGGAAAAUUUGAAGUGUACCUUACUGAAAAGAGCAUUGUUAAAGCUGUAAAUCACUUGCCAAGGCCUCAAAUACUAGCUCUAUCAAACCUUGACCUACUCUCCGGCCGUUUUCCGGUCACAUACUUCUAUUUCUAUCGGAAUCCUCAAGCUCUUAGCUUUCCCUCCAUCAUUGAGUCUCUAAAGAAGUCCCUUUCCGAAACACUCAGUUACUUCUAUCCCUUCGCUGGUCGAAUUGUUGAAAAUCCACUCAAUAGUGAGCCUGAGAUCAUAUGUGAUAAUAGUGGUGCUCUGGUUGUUGAAGGCCAUGCCAAUAUUUCUUUAAUGAAACUAAACUUCUACAAUCUUGAUCAAUCUUUGAAAGGGAAGCUAGUCUCAGUCAACCCUGAUUUUCCAUUGCAGGUUCAAGUUACGACUUACACUUGUGGUGGAAUCUCGCUAACAUUCACGUUCGACCAUGCACUUGGAGACGCAAGUGCCUUCGGUAAAUUCCUGCUCUCAUGGUCUGAAAUUGCUCAAAACAAGCCAUUAUCUUGCAUACCUGACCACCAGAGAAACCUUCGUCCGCGUUGCCCUCCAACUUAUCACCCUUCAUUGGAUCGAAUUUUUGUCAAGUGCACCAUAGAAGAUAUACUAAACAUGUCAACAACCAACAUCAAGAUUAAGCGUCUUUAUCAUGUUGAUGUUUCCAGCAUCAGUAGGCUGCAACAUAUUGCCAGCACAAAUGGCAACAAGAGAACAAAAAUUGAGGCUUUCUCAGCCUACAUAUGGAAGAUUAUGGCUACAACUAUUGACAAAAAGCACCCAAGAUGCAAGAUGGGAUGGUUAGUUGAUGGACGUGGUCGAAUGUGUGGAACUCACAGUUCAAUGUCAAAUUACAUAGGAAAUGUAUUGUCAUUGGCUGUUGGAGAGGCAACGGUUGCAGAACUCAAGCAAGGGUCUAUAUCAGAUAUUGCAACCAAUGUUCAUGAUGCGAUAUUAAAGGUUACUAAUGAGGAGCAUUUCUUGGACUUGAUUGAUUGGAUUGAGUGCCAUAGGCCUGGUUUGAUGCUUGCAAAUAUAGUGUUAGGCCAUGGGGGUCCAGCCCUAGUUGUGUCAUCAGGAAGGAGGUUUCCUGUCAGUGAACUGAACUUUGGAUUUGGAAGUCCUGUGCUAGGUACAGUCUGCUCCACCAUAGAAAAAAUUGGAGUCGCCUACAUGAAUCAAAGACCCAGUGCCCUUGGUGAUGGAUCAUGGACCGUGUCUGCCAUCAUAUGGCCAGAACUAGCUUCUGCCCUGGAGUCGGACAACAUUUUUGAACCUAUGUCAGAAAGUCAUCUUCAACUAUAACGUAUUAAAUGCAUAUAUCUCAACUUGUUUCCACUGGCCUAAUUAGAAAGACAGUAUUAAACAGUGGGGGCCAACAAGCAGUUCCAUGUAUAAUAUGUACCGAACAGCAUCUAGUAAAUGCUGAAUUAUGCAUUCUGUAGCUAAGUUUGAACAAGGAAUAAGUUUUUCUUCCAUAA